UCUUCUAGUGAAAACACAAAUGAGAAUUUCAGCUUAUGGGACAUAGCGGGAAGAUUAGACUUUAAAAUGUGGUGGAAGAAAGAGCAAGAUUUGGAUACAGUUUGGGGUUGUGUGAUGGAGGAUUCCAAGAUCAAACACAUCUGUGUGUAAGAAAUAAGUUGUAGUCUCUCAGGAAGACAGAGAGAAAAGAUCAUUGGUGGGCUGAAAUGCUGGUCUGGCUACAAAGAAACAGGAAAGGAGUGGAAAUAUGGAUUUGAGAGUCAUUGGCAUAGAGACAGUAACUGAAAUCAUGUGAGCAGGGAAGUUAAUAUUCCAGUGCCCAUUACCAGUCCCCCAAGCAAAGUAGUGAAAAUGUCCCAAACUCUUAACCAACCCACACUGAUAAUGCAGUGAAUGUUUUCUCCUUAUACAGAGAAGAAGCAGAUAGCAGUGAUGAAGAAGAACAUGGACAGGCUGCAGAAGGCCGCAUGGAUGUUGCUAGUGGUGAGGCAGUUGAACGUGCACAAGCAGAUAGGGACCAGGAGGAAGACACUGAAAAACUGAAUGAUGAUGAGCUGGCAGAAUAUGCUUUGGAUAAAUAUGAUGAAGAGGAGAAUGCGGAUACAGUUAGCCUUGGAGAUACCUUAGCAGGUCUUACAGUGUAUGGGAGUAAUGAACAUGAUCCUUAUGUCACCAUUAAAGAUACUGAGCAAUAUGAACAGGAAGACUUUUUGAUCAAGCCUACAGACAAUCUAAUUGUUUGUGGACGGGUUGAUAAGGACCACUGCAGUCUAGAAGUUCACCUUUAUAAUCAUGAAGAGGAUUCAUUUUAUGUACACCAUGAUAUCCUCUUACCUGCAUAUCCGCUAAGUGUGGAGUGGCUUAACUUUGAUCCUAAUCCUGAUGAAUCUCCAGGAAAUUAUGUUGCAGUGGGUAACAUGACCCCUGUUAUUGAAGUCUGGGACCUUGAUAUAGUGGAUUCUCUAGAGCCAGUCUUUUCUCUUGGAAGUAAAAAAGAAAAGAAAAAGAAGAAAAAGGGAAAGAAGAGUUCAACACCACAAGGGAAUCAGGAUGGACAUACUGAUGCAGUUCUUGACCUGUCAUGGAAUAAGCAAAACAGAAAUGUGUUAGCAAGUGCUUCAGCUGACAACUCUGUAAUUCUAUGGGAUAUGUCUGUGGGCAAGCCAGCAGCGAACCUUACUUUACAUACGGACAAAGUCCAGACACUGCAAUUUCAUCCAUUUGAAACACAGACCCUUGUUUCUGGAUCUUAUGAUAAGUCUGCUGUCUUAUAUGACUGCAGAAGUCCACAGGAUAACCAUCGAAUCUGGCGAUUUAGUGGACAGGUUGAGAGAGUGACUUGGAAUCAUUUCUCACCUUGCAACUUCUUAGCUAGCACAGAAGAUGGCUUUGUGUACUGUCUGGAUGCUCGUUCUGAUAAGCCACUUUUUACUCUGAAGGCUCAUAAUGAAGAAGUAUCUGGACUCCAAUUAAGCAGUCAGAUCAAAGGGUGCCUUGUGACAUCAUCUGCUGACAAAUACGUGAAAAUUUGGGAUAUAUUGGGAGACAAACCAAGUCUGAUCCAUUCCAGGGAUAUGAAAAUGGGUGUUCUCUUCUGUGCAGCGUGUUGUCUUGAUUUGCCAUUUGUGUAUGCCUUUGGAGGAGAGAGAGAAGGCCUUCGAGUAUGGGAUAUAAGUAGUAUUUCUGCAGUGAAUGACGUUUUUGGAAGCAGAGAAAGACUAGUAGCUGCCAGUACAAACUCAGCAACUAGCAGCUCAUUUGCCAGCAGUAGCAGCAAAAGUCCAGAAGCAGCAAUGGAAUCAUGAUGGAUUAAACCUCACAUAGAUGGUAUAAGUGCAGAACAUAAAACCAGAGUAUACUUUGGGACUACAAUUUAUAUGAACUCUGCAUCCACUUUUUUGGAAAAUGUUCAUGGAAGUGUAUCAAGUUUCCUGCAAUGCAGCUUUUUUUUCAUCUUAUGGGAAGAAAGCAUGGUCAGUCCGAAGUUACAAGUUUCUGCUUCUAUUGCUGACUGACAUCUUUUCUAAGUGACAUCCUGCACCUUACUUUACUUAGCACUCAGAUGGGGAUAACACAUCACAUAUGUGUUUGAAAACAUCACUUUAUAAGUGAUGUUUACAAACACAUAUGAUACAUUUGGCGGGAAAGCACUGUGCUUCUGUAGAGUGUAUAUAAAGUAUUGAAAAAUGGGUUCCCUUUUAGUUGCAUAAUGAAAACUACAGCAAUUUUCAAUUGAAGUAGUUUUCAUUAUUUAAGCUCUUUUAGUGACAGUAGUCAAUAAUGAUUAAGUUCUCGCAAAGUGAUCUGAGCAUAGACCAUUUAACACAUUUCAAAUACAGCUUUUGAAAAAUUAGCAUCUUAUUUAGAACUGUGUUUUUUCAACUGGUGGAUGGCAAGGGCCAAGGGAACGGAGGUGAAAGUCAAUUGGGAGCUGUUAAGCAUUGUAAAACUACCAUAAAGUAAACAAAAUCUCAUUUCCCAUGUACCCUUACCCUUCAAGGGCAACUAUCCUGUUAGCCUCUUAAAACCCACAGAUUACACAGGUUUAUUGUUGUGAUAGUGAUACAUUUCCCCCCUUCUCUCUCAUAGCAGAUGGAAAGGGUUGUAAAAAUCUUUGGCUUUGAAUAAUAGGUCACCAACCUGCAAUUGUUAGAAUACGAAAUAGGGCAGAGAUGCAACUCGUAACCAGCCAUGGGCUUGGGCCAUUACACACAAUUUAAAUUUCUUAGAACAUCCAUAAUACAUGCAACUAUUGCACAUUCUUCUUAAACUGGAGGGAAUGCAGAGAAGGCUUUAAAUAGUCUCUAAGUUCACUUCAUUAUGGCACGGGUUAGGAUAGCAGUAGCUAAUGGAUAUGAAGUGUGCACAGUGGGAAGUUCUAGCUAUCUGGUGUGUACUUUUACUUAGACAACAUAGUAAAUUCUGCCAUGAUAAAAACACUUUGUACUUAUCCUAGUGCUGACUUACGGUGGUGGAAGACUUGCUAUCCUGUCCCAAACUCUAGCUUGCUGAUUAAAUCAGGAACUCGGAGAAUAUUUCAGGUUUGUCUAGUCUUUCCAUAGCUUGCCCUCCCUUGCCUUCAACCCACAUACUUUAGUUCUUCCUAUUGUGCACUCCGGAGUAAUGUUGAUCACUGAACAUUGUUCCCCCCAAAUAGUCCAUCUCAAACCUGUAAUCCUGACACUGUCUUGACUCCAGCCUUCUUCAUAAAGUAUCCUUUUGUCA